UCAAUUUUCGCGAUGGUAACACUGCGCACAACAAUCAAUAAAUAUUAUGAUGACAAGUAAAGUUUAUAACCUAGCACCCCUAAUAAAUAAAAUAAUUUUGAAAGAAAAAUGUUCCUAUUUACAAAAUAUUCACCAUAAAAGAUAUUAUAAUGUCCUUUUCUUUGGUUCGGAGGCUAUUGCGCUAAAUAGUUUACAAAAGGUAAACCAAUUCAGAAAAAAUGAAAAUAUUGUCAAACGCCUGGAUCUAGUUACGGCAAAUAGCAGUAAGAACAGGACUUUGAUAGAGAAAUAUGCACAUGCUGAAAAUAUAAGGAUAUUGCAGUGGCCACGUUUAAACAUCAAUGAUGGUGAAUAUGAUAUAGGAUUGAUCGUAGCCUUUGGCCAUUUAAUCAAAGAAGAUGUACUCAAGAAGUUCCCUUUAGGAAUGAUAAAUGUUCAUCCGAGUCUGUUGCCGCGCUGGCGUGGAGCAGCGCCUAUCAUAUACACUUUGCUGCAUGGUGAUGAAGUUGGUGGUGUUUCCCUUAUGAAAAUAAAACCAGAUGUCUUUGAUGUAGGUGAAAUAAUAAGUCAAAGAAGAGUAUCGAUUCCCGAAGAUAUAAAAUUACCAGAGCUAACCCAGCAACUGUCAGACAUUGGUGCAGAGAUGCUCAUUGAAUGUUUAAGAUGUUUGCCCGCCAGCCUAGAAAACACUCAGCCCCAAAGUAAUGAAGGAGUUACAUAUGCAAAGAAGAUAAAUAAAAAUAUAAGUAUAGUAAACUGGACUGAAAACAGCGCGAAAGAAGUUUAUAAUUUAUAUCGCGCCAUAUAUGGACUAUAUCCUUUAACAACCAAGUUUAGAGACAAACAAAUGAAAUUGUUUGAUGCGUUUUUAGUUGAAACAGAUCCUGAAUUCAACGAGAAAUCUGUUGGCACCCUAGAGUACUGUGAAAACACCAAAGCUAUUCGAAUAUUAUGUAAAGACAAAAGAUUUAUUUAUUUCAAAUCUCUUAGAAUUGUAGGCAAAAGAGAAAUAUCAGCUUUAGAUUUUUAUAACGGAUAUAUUAGGAACAUUACAUUAGAUAAAAGAAAAUUUGUUAUAAAUUAGUAUUGUAGAAUUAAAGACGUUGCAAAAAAAAUAUUUUUUUUUUAUUGUUCCAAAAAAUAUCAAAUAAGUACUUACACAGCUACCGUAAUAAAAUAAGACUUUGAAUUUUUGUCUAUUCAAAGACAGAAUAGAGAUAAUUCCAUGAUCAGCUGUGUAUUACGCCUUCACAGUCACAAGGCACAGGUAUAGGUGUAUGUGCCACUUAAGGUGCACUAGGCGGGUCUGCCCCCGAAAUUUAAAUUUAAUUUGGUUUUUCGUAAUAUGUAAACUAAUACGACAAGGCAGGCUUAUGGCAUUCUA